UGUUGCUUCGAGGCCAUAUGCCUUUUGAAGCGUCUCUUUCUCGUAGGCAUAUGUGCCCUACUCGUAACUGACAGUUGCCAUAGACGGGGAAAUGAAUUCAUCUUUGUAAAUAAUCCCAUGGAUAAAUGUCAACAGACAUCUAGUUUAUUUAUUUCAGGACCCGAGCCAAAGUGACUACCAGAAUACUAAGUUAACUGUGUGCGUCUUACAGCCGUGUGGAAAAGAAACGAGGAAACAGGCUAACUUUAGGCUAACAUUAACGUUGCUUUUUGAGAAGAUGUCAAAAUUUAAUUUCAGCUUCAGGAGAAGCGAAAGGAAAGCAUUUAAGCACAUAGCUCACGGUCUGAUCCCUGCUGCCACCAUCGCCCCCAGACCUGCCGUGCCUCGCACCCCUCCCCCCCGCAGCCCCAACCCCUCCCCAGAGAGACCCAGGUCAGCUCUUGCGGCGGCCAUCUUGACCUCCUCUCUGACGGGCGCAUUGGCCAUCCCCUGUCCUUGACGCCAGUUUCUCUGAGAGUGACUGCUAGCUCAGAACCUCCGGCCGACCCAGCCCUUCGCCACCACUGCCCUCUACACAAGAGACCGCUGGUCAGAUGUUCCUGUGGGCCUGAGACCUCGCUGCCCCUCCCCUGGCCGCUCUGCGGAGGAUGAGGAUGAUGAAGAGGAGGAGGAGGAGGAUGAAGGCCUAGAGGAGGAGGAGCUGUCGGAGGACGGACACGUGUACCAGUCCGUGGAGAACCCCAUCAGGAGCCCGUCGCAAGAUCUCAUCUACGCCGUCCCCCUCAAACUGAGAGCCUCCCAGUCAGAUGGAGAUAUACUGACAGAGGACAGCACUUUUGACAUAGUCUCACCCCUGCACACAGAAGAAGAGAUCGAAGAGGAGCCAAUAGAGAAGCGGCGGAGGUCUUCACCAUCACACACUCUCUCUACUCCGAUUCAGCCAAGACGCGCCUCACCUCCCCAGCCGAGAACACAGUCACCCACACACACCAGCACGCACACACACACACCUCCACACACCAGUACACACACCAGCAGACACGCAACGAGCUCUCCCAAGGCCAUGCCCUCUCCAGGCCUCCGUGUGGACCGUGCUGAGGUGAUGGAGACCAGCAGGAAGCAGCAGCAGAAGAGGAGCUCAGAGACGAGCCGGACAGGGCUGGGCUCGGAGGCGGGGGAGGCGUACCGCGAGGCCCUGGAGGUGCAGAGGGAGCUAGUGCGGGCGCUGCAGGAGCAGACGCGGGGGCUGGGCGGGGAGAAGCAGGCCCUCAGGAGGAGGUGCGAGGAGCAGGGGCAUCUCCUGCAGGAGAGCCAGCAGCGCCUCCUCGCCCUGGAGAGGGAGCUCAGCACUGCCCUCAGGGACAACAGCCCACACACAGGUGAGACGGCGGAGCUGCAGAGUCUGCGUCAGCACGCCCAGGAGCUGGUGGACGAGAAUGACGCGCUCAAAAUGACCGUGCACCGCCUCAACGUGGAGCUGAGCCAGUACCAGGCACGCUUCAGACCACUGUCCAAAGAGGAGAGUGCUAGGACACCAGGGUUGCCAGUGAAAGGCCCAUCUCCUCCGUGGUUGCUGGACAUGAAGUAUUUAUCUCCGCUGCUGUUGGCCUAUGAGGACCGGCUAGUGGAGAAGGAUGCGCUCCUACACUCCUGUGCGGAGGAGGUGAGGAAGUUGCGUGUGCAGACUGAGGAGGUGGUGAAGGAGAACGAGAAACUUCAUGAGCAGAUGAGCAAGACGGGAGGCAUCAGCCACAAAGAGUGGAAGCAGCUACAGGAGCAGGCUCGUCUGGUUCUGGAGGAGAACCAGGUUCUUCUGGAGCAGCUGGAGGUGCAGCAGGCCAAAGCCAAAGAGAGCCAGAACCGUCAUCAUCAAGAGGUGGCUAAAGUGUCCAAGCAGCUGGCCCAGGAGGAUGAGCUAUUUAGCCUGCAGAGGGAGGAUAUCGCCACCCGGCAACAACACCAGAGUGAUAUCAACCAACUCACACGGCGUGUGGAAGAGGAGGAGCGCCGUUGGCGGGGGGAGCUGGAUGAGCUGCUGGGGAAGAUGGCGGCUGUGCAGGCGGAGCGGCAGAGUCUGGUGCGGGACCAGGGCCAGCUCCAGCAACACAGAGAGCCUGAUAGGCCGAGCUGGAGGCGGCUCGCCUUCACGCGACACAGAAAAGCCCAGCGACGUGCAGAAGCCCUGAAGCAGCAGCUGGAGGAGUCCAUGGAUAAGGAGCUGACUGCCCUGCACUACCUGGCUGGAGUGGUGGGACUUGCUGAGAAGACCACACAGGAGAGAGACCAGCUCAUACACAUGGCCUCAGUGCUGGAGAAGGACAAACAGGACGUCCUCACCCGCACCAUCCAGGGCACCGUGCAGCUCGCCAAGCUACAGGAGAAGGUCAAGGUGUAUAAGCGGGAGGCGUUGGGCAGUGUGAGCGGUCUCGGCCGGCGUCUGGUGGAGCAAGAGGAGGCGUUUGCUGGUCAGGCCGAGAGCUUCCUAAGGGAGCGCCAGCACCUGGCACGCCUUCUCAGGAACAAGCAAGAGGCACUGGACGGAGCUUUGCAGCAGAAGAGGGAGGUGGAGUUUGAGCUGGAGGCAGUGUGGGAGUCCGUCUCCAGAGAAAGCCAGCGUGUCCGUGACGCCGCGCUGGAGUCACCUGCAUCAGGGAUGCUGGUUGCCCUGAGCGACGGCCUCCCUGCUGACUGGACCCCUCCUGGAGGGUCGCCCCGAGGCCACCUGCACAGCCCCCUCCCCCUGGCAGAGUCAGCAAAGCGCCCCCUAGAGGCCAGUCCACUAAACCCACUGGAGUUCUAUUCCUGACUACUGUCUCCGUGUGUGUUUGAGGAGGCCACUGCAACACACACACACACACACACACACACAUAUGCACACACUCACACACACACGUGCACACACUCACACACACACACAUACACAUACACAUACAAAUACACACACACACAAAUCCUGUAAUUUGUGGACCCAGACUCUUAAAGGCCAUUCAGACUUCUCUGACCUAUCCUCCAAGGAGCUUCUUUAGAUCAUGUGACCAAAAAGCAGAACGUUGUUCCUCCCAUAUCACUAUGGAUACCUCUCAUAGGUUACUGGUGCUGUUCAGCAGACAUGCUACUCGUGGAUGUCCAAUCAGAAGAUUCGUCUCUCUGCCACUCAGAGGGCUGUUAUAACACUUAAUUUUAGCCUUAAGCACUGUUCUUAAUGUUUGUAAUGUUUUUAGAAUGUGUGUGUUACCAGAAAAGCCAUAUGUUUCAUGUAUAUUUGUGUGUGUGACUGUGUGUGUGUGUGUGUGAGAGGUGCCUGCAUUCCAGACAUGUGCAUAAGAGGUGCGUGCCCUACAUCAUGUGUGUGUGUGUGUGUGUGUGUGUGUUUGUGUGUGAGAGAGUGUCUCUGUGUCUGUGUGUAUGUACAGUAUAAGGUGCAUUAGACUUGGAUUUGCUGUCAUAAUAGCACACACAGGUUAAGUUUGUGCUCUAAAUCUACACAGUCAUCCUUACAUAGAACUUAACAUUCAGCUUUACUCUCAUCAUCUUUAUUUUCACUUCUAAAGCAUUUGCAGUCAUCCUUACAUAGUUCUGUUUCAUUAGCUCUGGAUUCCCCUUGAUCACUUGAUGAACCCCUAUGCAUAACAGCAUCACAGCAGCUAUGCGAUAGGGCCUGCCACGCUCCUCCUGCUGCUGCUCUGCCCAGAGCCCAGGUGCCUUAUGGGAAUCCUACCUACUGCUUCCAGUGCUGUAUGCUCGGGUGACCCAGAGGAUACUACACCAAACACUAGCAUGGGACGGCGCUGUUUUACACUACGCACAGAACCAAACUCUAGCAUGGGACAGUGCUGCUAUGGUAAACACAGAACCAAACUCUAGCAUGGGACAGCGCUGCUCUGGUAAACACAGAACCAAACACUAGCAUGGGACAACGCUGUUAUACGCUACACACAGAACCAAACACUAGCAUGAGACAGCGCUGCUAUACACUACACACUACACACAGAACCAAACACUAGCAUGGGACAGCGCUGCUAUAUACGCUACACACAGAACCAAACACUAGCAUGGGACAGCGCUGUUAUACGCUACACACAGAAACAAACACUAGCAUGGGACAGCGCUGUUAUACGGGCAGAGGUACAGCGCUAAUGAUGCACAGCUCAUUUCUAUUUAGUCACGGACUUGCACAUGCACUUGAGUGCUCACUGAUUUUGUAUCAGAGAAACACAUAAAAUACAUGUGCUGUUUUUACACUGUGUGUGUUAGAAGAGAGUGUGUGUUAGAAGAGAGUGUGUUUCCUGUGCUGUGAGAAUAAAGGGAGAAUCAUUAAGAAUGAACACUGAUGACCUGGAGCCCAUUAUCAUACCCAUUAUCAAUUAUGUGUGUGUGUGUGUGUGUGUGUUUGCUGAUUGUGUAUGGGGACUCGGUAGCAGCAAGGUCUUCUUAUUAAUAUGUGUAAUUGAAGUCUUGUUCCACUGACGCUGGGGGACAGCGGUCAUCACCGCUGUGGCUUUGGCCUUUUCUACAGGUGUGGAUGGACAGGGUCAUGACCCCUGCGGCUUAGGCCUUUUCUACAGGUGUGGAUGGACAGGGUCAUGACCCCUGCGACUUUGGCCUUUUCUACAGGUGUGGAUGGACAGGGUCAUGACCCCUGCGGCUUUGGCCUUUUCUACAGGUGUGGAUGGCUGUAAAAGCUGACUUGUGGGGUCCAAAAAUAAAUAAAUAGAAAAAUCCUGAAUUCUCCAUGUGAGACUCAUAUGUUAUAACCACUGCUAUGGAUG